AGAGAAUUAUUCAUCCAUGGAAGGUUCAGAGCUAACAAAGCUAGGGAGCUCUCUCCCAGUGGCUUGCGUUCAAGAACUUGCCAAGGAACCCCUCCGCAAAUUAGGCAUCCCUCCCCGCUAUAUCCGUCCCGAUCAACACCCUCCCAACGCCACUUUACCCCUUCAGCUUCCUGUCAUUGAUUUGCACAAACUCUCAACAUCUCAUCAUGAUGAUGAAGGUGGCCAUAAUAGUACUGCAGAGCUGGAUAGGCUCCAUAACGCUUCCAAACACUGGGGUUUCUUCCAGUUGAUAAACCAUGGAGUGAGCGAGUCGUUGGUUGACAGGGUGAAAGCAGAGGUUGAGGGAUUCUUCAACCUGCCAAUGGAGGAGAAGCAGAAGUACUGGCAGAGACCUGGAGAGAUUGAAGGAUUUGGGCAAGCGUUUGUGGUUUCCGAGGAGCAGAAGCUGGACUGGGGAGACAUCUUCUUCACCACCGCCCUCCCGAAGCAUCUCAGGAAGCCUCAUCUCUUCCCCAACCUCCCUCUCCCACUCAGGGAAACUUUGGAAGAAUAUUCAGCAGCACUCAAGACUCUGGCGCUGACGAUCCUCAACCUAAUGGCGAAAUCUCUAGGGAUGGACCAACACGACAUUGGAAUAUUGUUUGAACAAGGGUGGCAGACGUUUCGAAUGAACUACUAUCCUCCAUGCCCGCAGCCGGAGCUGGUGAUGGGUCUCAACUCUCACUCCGACGCCGUCGGCCUCACCAUACUACUACAACUCACCGCCGAUACCCAAGGCCUGCAGAUCAAGCAAGACGGUCACUGGGUUCCGGUUGUUCCUCUCCCAAAUGCAUUCAUCAUCAACAUCGGCGACAUUCUUGAGAUAGUGAGCAACGGGAUAUACAAGAGCGUCGAGCAUCGAGCGACUGUCAACUCUGACAAGGAAAGGAUUUCGUUGGCCACAUUCCUGAGCCCGAAGCUGGAUGGGGAUUUGGGCCCUGCCCCUAGCCUACUGAAGAAUACCCUCUCCCAACCUGAGUUCAGAAGGAUCAGCGUCGCCGACUACUACAAGGGCUAUUUCAGCCGAGAGCUUGUCGGCAAAUCUUAUGUCGACACCAUGAGGAUUCACAACUGUUAAUUGCAUGUUCUCGAUCAUAUUACGAGAACAAUGACGAAUUAGAGGCGUUUGUAAGUGUGUGAACGAUGAUGGUUUGAAGCUUGCUUGUUGAUGUGUGUUAUGUAAAAGUAUAAUUUUUUAGAUUACUUGCAUUGAUUGAGAUAUUUAACUUGAGAAGUAAUGCUAUGUAUGUGUUAAUGUGUUUUGUAUAUUCUUGAUGUGAAUAUCAUAUAUAGUAUUAUUCAAUGAAGAAACA